AAUAGUUCCUCGAGAUACUGUUGAGUAUAUCUCGAAAAGUUCUCAGCAGGAUAUUCGACAGAAUACCAGUUCCAAAAGUUCCGAAAUCGGGCUGUUAAUGGGAAUUCAAAGGGGUAACAAUAUUCGCAGGAUAGAUCUCGAUG